CGAAAAAUAUCGUUAAUAUUUAGCCAGAAAGUAAUGAAUAUUUUUAAUGAAAAAUAUUGUCGAGUGCAAAGGGUUAAUUAAGUCAGGAUCACAAAAUAUUGAAAUUCCGUGUAUCCACGGCGAAUCGAUUUAACUUACGUGUGUUAUGGCGUCCGGUGCUACCGCUGAAGGCAAACGUACCGCAAAUUUAAGUAUAUCCACCAAUUAUGGCAGAAUAUCUGCCAGCGGAGCGGACAAGAGGGUAGCGUUUUGCACGGACGUUGACAAAUCGAUAAUAGUCCACAAUUUCGAAAAACGAGGAUUGGUGCAAGUCGGGCCGGAGGACGACUGGAAUUUCUAUUGGGCAGCCACUCAAUCCUGUAGAACUAUAUUCAGCGUGGAAACCGGAUAUAGGAUGGAUGACAAACAGAUGAUCAAUCAUUUCCCGAAUCAUUACGAGCUCACGCGGAAGGACCUGCUGGUGAAAAAUAUCAAAAGGUACCGGAAGGAACUGGAACGCGAAGGGAAUCCGCUGGCGGAAAGAGGAGACGGCCCAGGGAAAUAUCUCUAUUUAGAUUUCAUUCCCGUCACAUUCGUCUUGCCAGCAGACUACAACAUGUUCGUGGAGGAGUACCGGAAGUCACCGCAAAGCACGUGGAUCAUGAAACCGUGCGGCAAGUCGCAGGGCGCUGGAAUCUUUUUAAUUAACAAACUGAGUAAACUGAAGAAAUGGUCCCGGGAAGCGAAGAACCCGUUCAAUCCGAAUUUGACGAAGGAAUCGUAUGUUAUAUCCAGGUACAUCGAUAAUCCCCUUCUAAUCGGUGGUAAAAAAUUCGAUCUACGAUUAUACGUUCUGAUCACGUCUUUCCGACCGCUGAAGGCGUAUUUAUUCAAGCUCGGCUUCUGCCGAUUUUGCACUGUUAAAUACGACACCAGUAUACAAGAACUGGACAACAUGUACAUACACCUCACGAAUGUGUCCGUGCAAAAGCAUGGUGAGGAAUACAAUUCUAAACACGGCGGCAAACUAAGUGUGCACAACCUGAGACUGUACCUGGAGAGCACACGUGGGAAAGCAGUCACGGAGAAGCUGUUCGCGAACAUCACCUGGUGCAUCGUGCACUCGUUGAAAGCUGUUGCUCCGGUGAUGGCCAAUGAUCGGCACUGCUUCGAGUGCUACGGCUACGACAUCAUCAUAGAUAACGAGCUGAAACCGUGGCUUAUAGAGGUGAACGCGUCGCCAUCGCUAACGUCCACCACCGUCAACGACCGUAUCCUGAAGUACAAGUUAAUCGACAACAUAAUAUCGAUCGUGCUUCCUCCGGACGGCGUGCCAGACGUGAGGUGGAACAAAUGCCCGCUCCCGGAAGCCUUGGGCAACUUCGAGCUUCUCCUGGAUGAAGAGAUCUGCGCGCAGGAGGAGAAAGAAUACUCCGACAAGAACCGAGCGUCCUCGAGUAAAUGGAAAUAGUUACUUAACAUAUUGAAUGCAUAACUCGCGAGCCUUCGCGGGAGUAUCCCCGGUCUUCAAAGAGGGCGAAGCGAAGAUUGAAGUGGCAACGGGACGGAAGUCGCGCGUCCUCGCGCAAUUUAGAAAAAUUCGAUCAAUAAAGGCCGGUUCUUUUCGAAAUAAUUGUAUCGAGGAUCCAGAUACCGUUUGUAUCGAGUAUCGAGGGAGGACGCGGACUCCGAGGCAUGCGUAGACGCGGCCGGGGUUGCCCCGCGAGCUCGCCCAUCGGCAAAGCGCAUGUACCAGAACUUCCAAAUGCAUGUCUCCCUUAGUAUUUUGCCUGUACCACGUCAAAUCUGUCGUGAACCCGGGAUUCCCCGGAAGAACGCGUCCCGGCCGUCGCGCGUUGACACACGAGCGAGUUAUCGGACGUCCUAAUAGAUUACGCUGGAUCACCCCGAGCGCGUUAUGUCGGUCGGCAUAUAAGGGUGAAUCUCUUCCGGGGGUGGUUUAGAUGCGUCCGAGCCGGCGCUCCGUCACAUGACUCGCUUAAUUCCGCCGGGCAAUCUUAGGAACACGCGUCACCUGCGAUCCUAAACAGGCGACACACGAAUUCACUCGACGCCAAUCAUCUCUCGGUAAUCCUUCGAACGAUGUCGGUCGAACGUUACGCUUCGCGCCGCUGAAAUCACCGCGACGAGGAUGGAAGAUCCGCGCCGAAGCGCGCUGUCCGCGAGUGUGAAGUUUCUGAUCGUUAUUGGAAUAUCUCGGGCGAUCGCCACGGCCAACGUUUCUUUCGGUAAGAUCAUGUGCGGCUUUGGAAUUCCUUUUCUGUGGAAACAUUCGAGACGUCGGGAAACGGAGCGGAAGUUUUUGCGCUCGGGCUUGACACGUGGAUCGAGAGAAACUCUUAAUGUAGAUCUUGAUAGUGCAGAUCUUGACAAUGAAACUGUCUUAUCGGAUUCGAAUUACUUCGAUGCAAAUAGAUGAUUCCAAUGAAGUUGGUCGAGUUUACAUUGUUCGAGAUAGGUUUCUCUUAACACGUUCGCGGACAGUAAGAAUUUUAACACUACAACCGAAGAUUUAACCCUUUCAACUCUGUACGCUCGAAUAUUGCACCAGUUGUAAUAUUAAAUAUUUUAAUGAAUC